AAACGUUUUGCUCUUGCUGCUGGUUUUUAAGCAAAACGUAUCACUUAAAAUGGAUGAUGAGGAGUAUCUGCAUCGCUUUGGCACGCCAUUGGAUCCCAUACAGAAAGAUGAAGUGCCCGCUAAGAAGCCACUUGCCAUAGAGGAUCAAAUAGUCAAAGAUGAAAAUGGCAAGCGACGUUUCCAUGGCGCAUUCACUGGUGGCUUUAGCGCUGGCUUUUGGAAUACAGUUGGCUCACUUGAGGGCUGGACACCGCAGAAUUUUAAGAGCUCACGUGCUGAAAAGGCAAGCAAAGUGCAGCAGCGCCCCGAAGACUUUAUGGACAAUGAGGAUUUAGGCGAGUUUGGUAUUGCGCCGCAGGGCAUACGCACGCGCGAUGAGUUUGCCAAGGACAGCGAGCAGGAGCAGCGCACGGGACAGCGCAAGCGCAAACUAAUGCAGCCGCAGGCGGAUGGCCCUAUACCGGGUGUGCCUGUGCUGGAGCAGCUGCUGCGUCCAGUGCGCGACAAAGUAGCUGUGCGCAUACUAAAAAGCAUGGGCUGGAAGCAUGGCCAAGGCGUGGGGCCAAGACAAACACGCAAGGAGAAGAAACAAGCGUCGGCGAGAAAUAAACGUGAGCAGUAUUUGCGUGAGCACUAUGGAGCAGAAGAGCUGCCAGGCAGAUCCGAUGGUGCAACGGACGACGAUGAAGAUGAUGCUGCAGAGGAUGAAGAAGAUGAGGACAUAACAUUUGCGCCAGAUGAUUAUGAGCCUAUAUUCUAUACACCCAAGCAUAAUCGCUUUGGCAUGAGCUACUCCGGGCUGAGUCGUGCGCCAGUGUUAAGCAAAAGCAGCGCAGUUGCAACGCCCAUGCAGCAUAUAAAUCUAUUCGGCGAGCUGGAAAAGUCAGCCAAGCAGCCAAAGCUGAGCAUACGCGGUCAGGCGUUUGGUGUGGGCGCCUUUGAGGAGGAGGAUGAGGAUAUUUAUGCGCGCGACGAUAUGACGCGCUAUGACUUUUCGCUGGCGGACAAGCAGCCAAGGGCAAAGAAAGUGGCGCAUGUGCAGCAGCGUCAUGUGAUCGAUGGUUUUAGUGAGGACAAAGCAAGCAGCACAUUGGCUGCGCCCUUUGCUAUUGAUCUGCCACGUGAUUAUGUGCCACGCAAUUGGCUGCAGCGUCGCAGUCGCUUUGCGCCAAUGGAUGCCAAACGGCAGCAGCAGCUGGCGGCAGCUACAGAGCAUAAGCGAGCUGGACUAGGCAGGCAUGAUUUGAAUCCAGAGCAGCGUGCGCAGCUGCUGGAUGAAAAGCAAUCGAAAACUGCAGAUGUGCAGUCCAAGAAAAAUCCAUUCAAGUCCGCAAGCAGCGCUAGCACGCAAACUAAAACUAAAUCCUUGCUGGAGCUUAUAAAUGCAGCUGGUGAUAAUUUUACCAAAGGCGGAAUUAUUACUACAACUGGGGAGGAGCAGCCUGCAGCAGUGGAGCUUAGCGCGGACUUAAAGCAAACCAAUUUGGAGCUGUUGGCUAAAGCUGCUGCAAUGACUAAAGAUUUGCCUGUCAACACAGCUGGUGCUGGCUUUAAGCCCUUUCUGGGCAAUGAUGCAAAGCAGCAGCGCUAUGAAAAGUUUCUCGCUGCCAAGCUGAAAGAUGAUGAAGAGAUUACACUAUUUCUAGCUGUGCUGCAGCCCGUAACGCUCUCGCUAUGGGAUCGUGAAAUGGAAAAGAAAGAAUUCAUACAGGCAGCCAAAAUCUAUCGCCCACUGGCUGGACUUAUGCAGGAUAGAUUUGUAUCAGAGGCAACAGUGCAUGCGCAACAGGUUGAGCAGCAGGUGCAGCCCAAGCAGCGGGACAAGAUUGUUGUGGAGCGCAGCAAGAGCAUGUGGAAGCCUAGCGCUCUAUUAUGCAAGCGCUACAAUAUAGCGGAACCUUUUGGUGGCGCGCUGCCUGACGCAGAGAAAGAGCUGAAGAAAGCCAAGCCCAAGAUGUCCAUAUUUGAAUAUCUGGAGAGCUCCGUAAACAGCAAAACAGACUUUCAAACGCCCAGCAUUAUACCCAAGCACAUGGAGCCAAAGCCCAAGCCCAGCGCUACAGCCACAGCGCAGCCAGAAAUUGCUGCGCCUGCUUCAACAGUGGAAAUAGAAAAACCUGCAGUGGCUGCUACUCCAGCCAAGCCCGCCUUUGUGCCCAAGACGCCGCUGGAACAGGCUGUUGAUGCUGCUCGAGACAAACCCAUUUCAGAGAAGGUAGAUCUAUUCAAAAGCAUCUUCGAUGACACUGAUGAGGAAGAGGAGCCUGAACCGCAACUGGACACUAAACUAAGCGACAUGCAAGCAGCUUUAGGUUUGCCCAGCAGCAAUUUGGCCAAUGCUGCAGCUGUUAAUGUGCUGCGGAACACUUCUCCACCACGUGGCAUUUUCGCUGCGCUCUUCAAGCCAACAGAUGAGCCUGUGGCACCAGCUCCCGCCAAGUUUACGCCCAUUGAAGGCAACAAGCUGAAGAUAACAUACAAAUCGCGCGAGGAGCGUCUCAAAAAUGACAAGGAACUGGAACUGGCGCAAGUGCCCACAGAAGAGCUCUACGGACCCAAGAUGCCGGACAAACUGCAAACGGAACCCGCUAGCACUAGCGCUGCUGCUCAAGCUGAAGCUUCCAUUGAUGCCAAGCUGCAGCAGCUCUGGGAGAAACAUGCGCCCGCCAAGCGCAAGCACGAGGAAUGGGUGGAACGUGUGCUCAGCAGCGAAGAUAGCGAAGAUGACAGCACCGAUUCCAGCUGCAGUGAGCACAAAAAAGUGAAAACCAGCAAAUGCAAGCGAUCACACAAAAAGUCCAAAAAGAGCAAAUCCAAAAAGGAUAAGAAAAAGUCAAAGAAAAGCGACAAGUCCAAGCAUAAGUCUAAGAAAAAGAAAAGCAAACACUGACCCGAAGAGAUUAGCAUAACUGGGUGGGUUGUUAUGAUAAGUCAGAAUGGUAAAUAAAGUAAAACUGCGUUAAGUUCAGAGAGAAUAUUGAUUGAUCCACCCAUAUAUAUAAAGAGUUACUACUGACUGUUUAGUUAUUCUAUAUAGUGCAUAAGUUAAGUUAAGAUAGUAGUUGCUGCUUAGAAAAUAGUGCGGCAAAAUAAAUUAACAUAAAGUGUUGUUGACUAAAUUAUAAAAUAUCAAGCAGAACUAUGCUGAAGCUUAAAUAUUAAACAAAAUUUCAAAUCAAAACAAAAUCGAGCUUCGAGCGGGUCUAGAGAUGCUUCAGAUAAUUUUUGUUGAUUGAUUCACUAAAAUAAUUUUUGCAGUUAGUUGUUUACUAUUCUGAAUUAUUGAAAUACAAUUUGUUGCACAUAUUGUUUUGAAUUCUUAAUUAUUUACGCUUUGCUGCUUAAAUUAU